AAGUCAUGGUCGGGUCGUCAUCAUGGACCCUUUCUCUAUCGUUCGCUUCCCCAGGCUACCUUCAUCAUGUUGCGCAAGACAGCAUUAGCACUUUCGCUGUACGCUGGCUUGACAAGCUGUGCACCUACCAAUGUCACAGGUCCAACAGCGCAUGUAAAGAACGGAACUUACCAAGGCGUCUACUCACCUGAGUACAACCAGGACUACUUCCUCGGUAUCCCAUACGCGCAACCUCCAGUCGGCAAUCUGAGGUUCAGGAAUCCAGUCAGCUUGAACCAGAGCUGGAGCGGUGUGAAGCCAGCUACACAGUACUCUGGCGAGUGCUACGGUUAUGGGUCUGACCAAUGGAGUUACCCCGUCUCGGAGGACUGUCUCUACAUCAACGUCAUCCGCCCUACCGCAUGCAAGAAUGAGAAGCUUCCUGUCGCUUUCUGGAUCCACGGAGGCGGCUUUUACAUGGGAGGAGGUGUUGAUCAACGUUAUAACAUCUCCUUCAUGGUUGAGAACUCUGUCAAAAUUGGCAAGCCGAUUAUUGGCGUGAAUAUCAACUACCGCCUCAGUGCUUGGGGUUUCUUGAGCGGCAGCGAAGAGAUCAAAGAGUCUGGGGAGAUGAACCUGGGACUGCGAGAUCAGCGACUGGCGCUGCAAUGGGUCCAGGACAACAUCGAGGCCUUUGGCGGCGACCCAGAGAAAGUCACCAUCUUCGGCGAAAGCGCAGGAGCCGGAUCUGUAGGUUUCCAGCUCACAGCCUACAGCGGACGAGAUGACAAGCUCUUCCGCGGUGCCAUCAUGCAGUCCGGCAAUCCUGUACAUUUCAAUCGUCUCAACGAUCCACUAGGCUACGCUGACUCGUACAACGCGAUCGUGAGCCGUACACCCUGCGCAAACGCUACCUCACAGCUGGAAUGUUUGCGUGCACUGCCUGCCGAGCAAUACAACGCCGCUGUCAAUGUCACUAACGCCACUCUGAACACAACAUCUUUCAUGCCCAUCCUCGAUGGCGAUUUCAUCCAGAAGCGCACCUCAAUCCAGAUGGCGAAUGGCGAAUUCGUCCACGUCCCCAUCAUCAGCGGCGCAAACAGCGACGAAGGGACUGCCUUCUCCCCUUCUCCCGUCAACACCACCGAGGAUCUGUACACUUUCAUGACAACCGGAGAACGCGCCGUUCCACCUGCGCUUGCGAAUCAGCUGCUCGAAGCAUACCCAGACGACCCAUCUGUCAACGUGAUCGCAAACCUUGGAGACGCAAGACCAGGUCCACCAUUUGGUGAGCAGUUCCGCCGCUCAGCAAGCUACUUCGGCGACCAGAUGUUCAUCGCGCUGAGGAGGCUGACAUGCCAGACGUGGGCUGCUGCUGGUGUUCCGGCGUACUGCUACCGCUUCAACACUAUCCCGGCUGGUGCCUCGGCGAUCCUGGGCGUAACUCACUUCACAGAGGUGUCUUUCGUCUUCUUAAACCUCCUUGGUGCUGAAUAUGCGUCUGUCUCCAGCAAAACGCAGAGUUACAGGGAUUUGAGCAGGUUCAUGAGUAGCAGCUGGGUUAGCUUCGUCAGCGAUUUGGAUCCAAACUCGUGGCGCGAGGGAGGUACGUGGAAUGGGACGGAGGAGCUGUGGCCGGCGUACGAUGUGGCUAAUCCUCAGGACUACGUUUUCGAUGCGAAUGUUACCAGCCAUGCAGAGGCGGACACCUGGAGGAAGGAGGGCAUCGACCUUAUCAAUGCGAACAACCUGGAGGUGUACGGCAGAUAGGAG